AUGCCGAAACAGGACAAAGGCAAAGCGCCUCAGCGCGAUGCGCCCGAAGAUGUCGGCGCCCAGGACAGCAAGGGCUCCUCCGGCACGAAAAAGCUCCCGCCCAAGCUGAUUGAGUCGCUCCUGGAAUCGAACCCUGCAUUGAAGAAUGAACUCGCCCAGAUGGACACCAACUCCGCCGCCGCGGCCCUCUCCAACCUUGAUCUUAACCAAAUGUUGACCGGGCUUGCAAUCGGUGGAAAGAACCAGAAGGAUAUGGCCUCGUACAAGUUCUGGCAGACACAGCCUGUGCCUAGCUUUGAAGACCACCGGGGCAAGAAGCCUGUUACCCAGGGGCCUAUUAAGAUUAUCAAACCGGAGGAGGUGCCCCAGACACCUGACCAGCUGGUUGAGGGCUUUGAGUGGUGCACUCUUGACUUGACGGACGACAAUGAGCUGCGGGAGCUCUAUGAGCUGCUGAACAACCAUUAUGUGGAAGAUGAUAACGCCAUGUUCCGAUUCAGCUACUCGCAGUCGUUUUUGCACUGGGCCCUGAUGUCUCCUGGAUGGAAAAAGGAAUGGCACGUCGGUGUGCGUGCUACGAAGUCGCGCAAGCUAGUUGCCUCGAUUUGCGGUGUCCCCACGGAGCUCCGAGUCCGCGGCGAGCGAAUCAAGGUGACCGAGAUCAACUUCCUCUGUAUCCACAAAAAGCUGCGCUCCAAGCGCCUGACCCCGGUCUUGAUCAAGGAGAUCACCCGUCGCUGCUACCUCAAUGGCAUCUACCAGGCUAUCUACACGGGCGGUGUGAUCUUGCCUACCCCCGUCAGCUCGUGCCGCUACUACCACCGUGCGCUAGACUGGCUGAAGCUGUAUGAAGUCGGCUUCUCGCCCCUUCCUCACGGCUCUACCAAGGCGCGCCAGAUCACUCGGAACCACCUUCCUAGCACCACCUCGACUCCCGGCCUGCGGGCGAUGGAGGUAAAGGAUAUUGAUGCAGUUCAUGAUCUUUUGGAACGGUAUUCGCUCCGGUUUGACAUGAACCAGGCAUUCACUCGCGAGGAGAUCGAGCACUGGCUGGUGUACAAGGAGCAGCCAGGUAAGGAGCAGGUUGUCUGGUCGUACGUGGUCGAAGACCCCGAGACUCAUAAGAUCACCGAUUUCGUCUCGUUCUACAACCUUGAAUCCACCGUCAUUGAUCACCCGAAGCACGAGGCUGUGCGCGCUGCGUACCUUUACUACUACGCAACCGAAACCGCGUUCACCGGGAAGCAGGCCGCGCUCAAGGAGCGCCUGCUGAUGUUGAUGAACGAUGCUCUCAUCUGCGCAAAGCAGGCCAAGUUCGAUGUUUUCAACGCUCUCACGCUCCACGACAACCCUCUGUUCCUUGAACAGCUCAAGUUCGGCGCCGGCGAUGGCCAGCUCCACUUCUACCUUUACAACUACCGUUGUGCACCUGUCGCAGGUGGCAUCAACGACAAGAACCUGCCCGAUGAGAAGAAGAUGGGAGGCGUUGGUAUCGUCAUGCUCUAG